AGAUUUAAGGGACACUCAGACAAGACUACUCAGUAAGUCGGAUCCCAAAGACUGCCCUGCAGACCAACCUCUUUAGAAGGCUAUUUUCUGCACUUUCAGUCUAAGAAAUAACCAAUACUUGAAAAAUGAUGUGCCCAUGGAAGCUGUUCAUGAAAUCCGCAAACUAUAAGGAAAAAACGUCUUACGAUGUUACGGAUUUUAACAAUAACGAUAAUAUGGACGUGGAAAAAACAUUCAGGACUUUGAAACCAGAAAAUGCCAAGCUCAAUAUCAUGCAAACAGAUAUAACUGAAAUGAAAUCUACAUCAGAGGGUGUUCCAGAAAACCUCAAACAUUUCCAUAAAAAUGUAACUUGUCCAAAAUACAUGAAGCUGAAGAAUUACGAAAAUGGAAAGGUACUACAAGACACAUUGCAUCUCAAAGCACAGAAGAACCUCAGUUGUCAAUCUAAAGUCUGCCAGGGGUCAAUCAUGAACCCUAAGACAUACACGCGGGGUCCAAGGGAGAAGCCACAGCCAGCAGAUGUUGUGUUACCGCAAGCCAUUGAAUUCAUUAACCAAUAUUAUAAUUCCUUCAAAGAACCACAAAUAGAAAACCACCUGAACAGACUAGAGACCGUUGCAAAGGAUAUUGAAACUACAGGGACCUACCAGCUGACUUAUGAGGAACUCGUUUUUGCUGCAAAACAGGCAUGGAGGAAUGCCCCCAGAUGCAUUGGAAGAAUACAAUGGUCUAAUUUACAGGUGUUUGAUGCCCGCAGCUGCAAGACAGCGAAAGAAAUGUUUAACCUCAUUUGCCGACACAUAAAGUAUGCCACAAAUGGUGGAAAUAUCAGGUCAGCAAUUACAGUAUUUCCCCAACGAACAGAUGGGAAACACGAUUUCCGGGUGUGGAACAGCCAACUGAUUCGCUAUGCAGGAUUUGAAAUGGAAGAUGGUUCAAUUCUUGGCGACCCAGCUAGUGUGGAGUUUACAGAGUUAUGUAUACAGCUUGGAUGGAAACCAAAGUACGAAAGGUUUGAGAUCCUCCCAUUGGUGCUCCAGGCAGAUGGUCAAGAUCCAGAAAUGUUUGAGAUACCAUCAGAUCUUAUACUUGAAGUCACAAUGGAACAUCCAAGGUUUGACUGGUUCAAGGAGCUCAAUCUGAAAUGGUACACAUUGCCAGCAGUUGCCAACAUGCUCCUUGAAGUUGGAGGCAUUGAAUUCUGUGCUUGCCCAUUCAAUGGAUGGUAUAUGGGUACAGAAAUUGGUGUCCGGGACUUUUGCGAUGUUCAGCGUUUUAACUUGCUUGAGGAAAUAGCUAGAAGGAUGGGUUUGGAAACACACAAGGUUGCGUCAUUGUGGAAAGAUCAAGCUGUUGUUGAGAUCAAUGUGGCAGUUCUGUACAGUUUUCAAAAACAUAAUGUGACUAUCACAGAUCACCAUUCGGCUGUGGAAUCCUUUAUGAAGCAUAUGGAAAAUGAAUACAGGCUGCGUGGAGGGUGCCCUGCUGAUUGGCUCUGGCUGGUUCCACCUAUAUCCGGAAGCAUCACCACUGUCUUCCAUCAGGAAAUGCUCAAUUACAUCCUUAGCCCAUUUUACUAUUAUCAGAUCGAUGCCUGGAAAACCCAUGUGUGGCAAGAUGAGAGCCGCAAACCAAAAAGAAAGGAAUUCAAGUUCAGUGUUAUUGCAAAGGCUGUUCUUUUUGCAUCCAUACACUUCAGAAAACUAAUGGCUUCUCGAACCAAAGCAACGAUCAUCUACGCCACAGAAACUGGAAAAUCAGAAACAUUUGCCAAAAAACUGCACACUUUAUUCAGCUUUGCCUUCAAUGCCAAGGUACUGUGUAUGGAUGAAUAUAACAUCAGCAGCUUGGAAAAAGAAACACUUCUGUUGGUAGUCACGAGCACCUUUGGAAAUGGAGACUGUCCGGGCAAUGGAGAGACAUUCAAGAAAUCAAUCUGUGCUUUGAAAAAAAUGAAGAAUAAGUUAAGGUAUGCUGUUUUUGGCCUUGGGUCUAGCAUGUACCCGCACUUUUGUGCAUUUGCGCAUACUGUGGAAGAGAAGCUUGCUGAGCUUGGAGCCUCUCAGAUUAGCCCGACUGGAGAAGGGGAUGAGCUCAAUGGACAAGAAGAGGCAUUCCUUACCUGGGCUGUCCAUACGUUUAAGGCUGCAUGUGAAGCUUUCAAAGUUCCAGACAAAGAAAGGAUUAUAUUACCUAAAUAUUACACCUCAACAGAAAACUGGAGUCCAGAGAAUUAUCGCCUUGUGAAUGAAACCCAGCCAUAUGACCACAUUAGAGCCCUCACUAAACUGCAUUCCAGGAACAUCCUCUCAAUGAAAUUAAAGUCUAGAGAAAACCUCCAAAAUCCAAAAUCAGGCCGUGCCACCCUACUUGUCAAGCUUUCCUGCGAGAAUAGCCAGGAAGUACAGUAUCUGCCAGGAGAACAUGCUGGUGUAUUUCCUGGCAACCAGCCAGAGCUAGUUACGAGUAUAAUUAAACUUCUGAAGGAUGCUCCUCCUUGCAAUCAGGACAUCCGACUGGAGACACGCAGUGAGCAGGGUAAUUUCUGGACAAUCAGUGAGAAAAUCCCUCCAUGCUCCCUGAACCAGGCACUGACAUACUUCCUAGACAUAACUACUCCGCCAACACAGCUGCUACUGAAAAAGUUGUCUCUGAUGGCUUCUGAUGAAACAGAUAAAAAGAAACUUGAAGAAUUGUGCAACAACGUAGUUGAAUACACUGCAUGGAAAUCCUAUUACUGUCCAACAUUCCUUGAAGUACUAGAAGCAUUCCCAUCUCUUAAAGUCCCUGCAACAUUUUUGCUAACCCAGCUUCCACCUCUAAAACCAAGGUACUACUCCAUCAGCUCUUCUCCUGACAUGACACCUGGAGAGAUCCAUCUUACUGUUGCUGUUGUAAACUACAAAACCCAAGAUGGUCUGGGUCCAUUACACCAUGGUGUUUGUAGCUCAUGGCUGAACACUGUAAAGAUCAAUGAAACAGUCCCCUGCUUUGUACGAAGUGUUAAUACAUUCCACCUGCCCGAGAAUCCAUCAGUCCCAUGUGUACUGAUUGGCCCAGGAACAGGAAUUUCUCCAUACAGAGGAUUUUGGCAACAGAGGCUCUACGACUUGGAAAAGAAAGGAACAAAGGCUCGUUCUAUGAUUUUAUUAUCUGGAUGUCAACAGUCAGGGAUGGAUGAAAUCUACAGGGAAGAAACAGCCUAUAUGAAGAGUCGAGGCAUACUGAAAGAGGUGUACACUGCAUAUUCCAGACAGCCUGGCUUAGCCAAGACAUAUGUUCAAGACAUUCUAAAAAGACAACUUGAAAAAGAGGUGUGCAAGAUCAUCCUUGAGGAACAUGGUCAUCUGUACGUUUGUGGUGGAAUUGAAAUGGCCAGGGACGUUGCUGAAACACUAAAAUGCAUGAUUGCCAAGAAGAAGGGGCUGAAUGAAGAGGAAACAGAUAAAUAUUUCUCCCAACUAAAGAGUGAAAUGCGCUAUCAUGAAGAUAUAUUUGGUGCCACCUAUAAAUCUCCUCAAACAACAAAUGGACUUAAAUCUUCCACUACCUGAGUGCCUUGCUUGGCUUUUGUUGACCUGCAUUUCAACAGACACAAUCUUAGACUUAAAGAAUUAUUCUCCGCAAAAUUUGCUGUAUUCUAUAAAUUUUAUUUAUUUUUUGUUACAUACAUGUUUAAAACCAUGAAAUCUAUUAAUGAAAGAAGGCAUCCUCAUUCCGAAGCAUGUUAGAUACAAUUGCCAUUGCAUCUUCUGGGCA